AUGGCACAGACAGAUAAAAAUCGUUAUGCGAGCGAAUUGGUACCUAUUGAGUUACUGCAACAACCGAUUGACUUCCCAAUCGCAACAAAAAUUUUUGCAAAAAAUGUCAUCAUAAAAGCUCCAAUGACAGAAAUGAUUUCAACAUAUGAUCUGAAUCUCCCAUUGAAAAGUGGAUUGCCUACCGAGGCCCUCAUCAAUUUGUACGAUAAGUGGAAUGCAGGAGGUGCUGCGGUUAUGGUUACAGGUCCCAUGGCUCUCACUACGAGAGACCUCGAAGGAACUGGUAACAUGGUUGUAGCCAAAGAAGUUGAUACACCACUAAGGCGGGAUCUAUUCAAACGACUCGCGUCUACAGCUACCCAUGGAACCCUGAUUUUCGCUCAAUUACUGCACCCCGGAAGGAUGGCGAUAAAAACAAGUCCAGAAUUCAAGGCGGUUGAUAUGAACAAACUAUCAGUGGAUGAAUUGAAAGAAAUUGUUGAGCGAUACGUGUUCGCUGCUAGAUUUACGAAAGAUUGUGGUUUCAAUGGUGUUGAAAUUAACGUUAGUAUGGAUUUUGCACUGGCUCAGUUGGUUGCUGCGGAAUCAAAUCAAAGAACCGAUCAAUACGGUGGGUCGCUGGCAAAUCGAACGCGAAUUCUUUUUGACGUCAUAAAUGGCAUAAGGGAUGACAUCAAGGAUGACGAUAAUUUCGUGGUGGGGUUAAAACUGCACUCGCUGAACUUCGAGCAGCAGUUUGAGGAGAAACAGUUCGCUGAAUUCUGCAAACGACUUGAU